AAUUACAAACAGUAUAAAGGAUAAUACGUAAGGAGGGUUGCGACCGAUGCGAGCAAUUUCACUCAAUGGCGAGAAAACCAAAGGGCCGACACCGUCUGUGUUGAAUUAGUACUUCGACAUAAGAUCAAAAGAAGUCAUUCGGGAAACAAACUCACAUCCAACGACGUAGAUAGCCAAGGUUAGCUGAACGACCUCCCUAGAAAUGCCAUAUCGAAGCAUCAUGAACUCGUAACUGGGGAUAACAAUAGACGAUCCACAAUAGACGAUGAAUGAGUAAGCCCUGGUAUCGGUCAGUAGAUGGUCGAUGUCAACAAUGUAUUGCACUUGCGAGAUAAGCAAUGUCACCCAUGCUUUGCGCCCCAAAGACCAAUUUAAGGGGUUUUCUGGAUCAUCAGGCGUAUACCAGCCGAUGAUCAUGCCCUGAUCAAUUGUGUUCGCGGUGCACAGCUUCUCCGCAUAUGAAAUUGUUUCCUGGCCGCUCUCGAGGUCUUUAUGAGAAUGUUCGUCCAAGCAUGAAGCUCUUUUGGCCUCACGAAGGUCAAAUGUCGGAUCAUCUUCAGGGUAACUCAACCAGCGAGACCCAAGUAGAAGACGAAGGGUAUCACCUAAACAGUUCCUCGUAUCCAGCUUUUCAUGGCGACAAACUAUGGCGAUGUCUACCUCGGGGGGAUAAAGAAAGGGGAAGAAAAGCAAAGAGAACGUUAAAAACAAGAAUGAAUAUCUGUAUCUUUAGCUGUUUAUGCUAUAAACUAGAGAGUCAUGAAUACUUUCCCCCGAAGCAUAUAGUUGCGAAGCGAGGCGUGCAGGUUGGUGCAUUAACAGUGCUCGUCUUGUUCAGGUCACUUUUUGUCUGCAGUAUUAGCAGACAAAUAAGUCUCGCAAGCCACAAGUUUACAUUCUCAAUAUAUGGCCACUGUGACCGACCCCGUGGAGUUAAUUUGCUGCCAGAUACUGACUCCAGCAAACAUCAGCGGGAAGUUAGUGAUAGGCAUAUUGAAAGUCUGUCAGUUCACACGCAUAACCCUCCACCACAUAACAGGAAUGAGCCUGUUUAUGAGUGCUGGAACCAGGAAACAAUGUUUUUGUAAGCCGGUAUGCACAGUCAGCAAUCGUCGCCAUGAUGAAAUCUAUCAAGGCGAGGUCGAAUUGGAACCAGCACCAGGUGAUGAUUCUCCACUACCCAACAACCUUAUUUGCACUCCCU